ACCGCAUCCCAGAGAGAUGCUGCAGCUGUUCGAGAGGGGUGCUUCGUCGUCGUCGUGGUUGUGGUCGCCCGAUGGGCGCCUGGCAAUCCCGGCUGUCUCGUGUCUGAUCCUCGUCGCCACGCUGUCUGCAGUCAUUGCACACCAACUCCUCUCCACCGACAGAGAACGCGCAGUCCGUUUCACGGUCCAGAUCCCCCCGCAGCUGCAGAGCGAAUAUUCAUGGAGCCACGAAGAAACAGGCAGAGGCCACGAACCGCAGGACGAGGUCUCCAAUGGCCGGAUAUACCCUCGAAGUCCGGCAGACGGUCGUCGUCUCGGACUGCCCAUUACUCCCGCAAACCCGUCUGUGAUUGAUUCUGCCGUCUCAGCUGCGGCGCGAGCUCAAGUCAAAUGGUCGCAGACUACCUUUUCCGAACGGCGUCAGGUCCUCCGCACAUUGCUUCGAUAUGUCCUCGACCAUCAGGAACAAAUAGUGGCGGCGUGCUGCCUGGACUCCGGGAAGACCAAGAUAGAUGCCUGCUUCGGCGAAAUACUUGUCACAGUCGAGAAACUGCAAUGGACAAUCAAACAUGGAGAAGGAGCGCUCCGUGUAUCAAGACGACCGACCAACCUCCUCAUGUGCUACAAAUCAAAUACUGUCUGUUAUGAACCCCUCGGCGUGGUCGCAGCGUGCGUGAGCUGGAACUAUCCCUUUCACAACUUCAUCUCCCCUGUCAUCUCGGCCCUGUUCGCGGGCAAUGCGAUCGUGGUGAAGCCGAGCGAGCAGACGUGCUGGAGCACCUUUUACUUCAUCGACAUCAUCCAAGGAGCACUGCGAGCAUGCAAUCACAGUCCCGACCUUGUCCAGAAUGUUGUCUGUUUACCAGAGGCUGCAGAUCACCUCACCAGCCAUCCGGGUAUCAGCCACGUCACCUUCAUCGGCAGCAGAGAAAUCGCGCACAAGGUGUGUGCGUCGGCAGCAAAAUCAUUGACUCCCGUCACGGUGGAGUUGGGUGGGAAAGAUCCUGCCGUCGUGCUUGAUGACGCAAAAACAAUUAGGACUAUCGGCGACGUGAUCUCAAUCCUCAUGCGUGGAGUUUUCCAGUCCGCCGGGCAGAAUUGCAUCGGCAUCGAGCGCGUCAUCGCAUUACCUGCAAUCCACGACAAACUGCUCGCUGAGGUUCUUCCAAAGAUCAAAUCGCUGCGUCUCGGCCCCGUUCUCCUCUUAUCUCCCAACAACCCACCCGACCUGGGCGCCAUGAUUUCGUCACGCAAUUUCUCCCAUCUCGAAAGGCUGAUUUCCUCGGCAGUCGCUCAGGGCGCAACCCUCCACUGUGGAGGCCGACGUUACAACCACCCCGAGUAUCCUCACGGAAUCUACUUCGCGCCCACGCUGCUCAGCAACGUAACUCCUGAAAUGGAGAUCGCGCAAAAGGAGUUGUUUGGACCUGUGUUCUUGCUCAUGAAAGCCGCCGACGUGGACAGCGCAAUCCGCAUCGCGAAUUCGACGGACUACGCCCUGGGGGCCGGGGUGUUUGGCCACAACCAGCGCGACGUCCAGAAGUGCGUCAGGGGGAUCACGGCCGGGAUGGUCGCCGUCAACGACUUUGGAGCCUACUACGCCUGCUCGCUCCCCUUUGGCGGCGUCAAAGGUUCCGGCUACGGCCGCUUCGGCGGUGAGGAAGGGCUGCGGGCGCUCUGCAACGUCAAGGCCGUCUGCGAGGAUAGCUGGUGGGCAAGGGCGCUGGGCAUCCAGACGAGGAUCCCGCCCAAAUUGCAGUACCCCGUCUCCCAGCAUGGCUGGGACGUGUGCAAGGGCGUCGUGGGCACGGGGUAUGCGCUCGGUUUGGGGCUGUGGGAGUGGGCUGGUUGCGUGGUACAGCUUUUAACGGCUUUGAUGAAGAGUGAUGAAAAGAAAUCGUGACGCGGACCAGAACGUAGAUGGGGAGGUAGAGGGAGAAAAUUCCCAUUUUUGCGGAUCAUCAAUCUUAUCUUCCCUCCCUUUUGUACUCUUCGACAAGGACGACCCGCUGGAGGCGUCAACGUCUCUAAGACCAUGCCAGAAUGGCUACCUAGGUAUACAGGGAUCCAGAAGAAGUCGAUCCAACCCAGUGAAAACCCGA